UCGCUCGCUCGACAGUGGCUGACUGGCUGGCCGGCUGCUCGCUCGCUGUGUUUUCCCACUCGCGAGUUGACGGGCACCGCCAGCAGACGUCAACGCGUCCGCGCGUUGUGUGGAGCUAGCGGCAGAUCACUCAGCGACGGAGCGACUCGAGUGAGGAGCGGCCUCUUUUCGUCCUCCCUUCGCCUGGACCCGCACCAUGUGUGUGGAAGACGGAUACGGGAAUUCGAGCCCACCGGAACCGUCUGACGGACACUACGGUGUACGGAAAAGGAGGGAAUAGUCGGUGGCGACGAACCAGCUGCGAGGCGCCAGCGUUUUCGUCGGAACCACCGAGUGCGGGCCACCGAGAGGAGGAAAAUGUCGGGCAAAAUCGAGAGUAAGCAAGACUCGCAGCGGUCCCACCUGUCCUCAUUUACCAUGAAGCUGAUGGACAAGUUCCAUUCUCCCAAGAUCAAGAGGACGCCAUCCAAGAAAGGCAAGCAGCUGCAGCCCGAGCCCGCCGCCAAGAGCGCCGAAAAGCCCGUCAACAAGAAGGUGAGUCGACUGGAGGAGCAGGAGAAAGAGGUGGUCAGCGCCCUCCGCUACUUCAAGACCAUCGUGGACAAGAUGGUGGUGGAGAAGAAGAAGGUGCUGGAGAUGCUCCCUGGCUCGGCCAGCAAGGUGCUGGAGGCCAUCUUACCUCUGGUUCAGGGGGAGGCCCGCAUACAGCACAGUUCGGCCUUGUCGUCGUGCCACAACCGCGUGUACCAGAGCCUGGCCAACCUCAUCCGCUGGGCCGACCACGUGAUGCUGGAAGGCAUCGACCUGGACGACAAGGAGAACGUGACGUCGGUCACCAACGUCAUCAAAGCCGUACUGGACGGCGUGAAGGAGCUGGUGAGGCUGACCAUCGAGAAACAAGAGCAGCCCUCGCCCACCAACCCCAACAAAGCCACACUGCCCGUCAGCGCGGCCGAGAGCGGCGUUCCUUCGGAGUCGAUAGAGGCGGAGACGGCGGCAAAAGCGGCCCCGACGGCGGGUCCCGCCGAGGCCCCCUCGGACGCGGCCGACGAGGACGUGGCCCCGCCCAAACCUCCGCUUCCCGAAGCCAAGAUGGCGGAGCUCAGAGCACAGUUGAGUUGUGACGCUGGCCAAAGGAAGCCCACUCCCAAGGAGAAGUAUGUUAGCCCAAUCCCUCCGCCGGCCCUCCCGCCUAAGAAGCGGCAGUCGGCGCCGUCGCCCACGCGCGUGGCCGUGGUGGCCCCCAUGAGCCGGGGAUCCAGCUUGCCCUGCGGCGUCCACAGACAGCACGACCACGAGCAGGAGUUCCUGCAGCGGCGCUUCUCGGGGGGCAGCCAGUCGUACGGGGGCGACUCGCCUCGCCUGUCUCCCUGCAGCAGCAUGGGCAAGCUCAGCAAGUCGGACGAGCAGCUCUCCUCCGUGGAGCAGGACAGCGGCCAGUGCUCCCGCAACACCAGCUGCGAGACGCUCGACAACACGGACAACUACGACCACGACUACGACUUCCUCCACCAGGACCUGUCGGUGGGGGACGGCCUGCCGCCCGUGCCGGCGGGCGGCUGCCUCAGCCCGCUGCCCGAGUCGCACAGCGAGUCGUCCUCGCCCGUCCCCGGGCAGCAUCCGGCGCACCCCCGCUUCAGCGCGCCUCCCCCCCAGCAUGCGCCCGAGUACUGGACGCCGCAGCCCGGCCACGGCAACCCGCUGGCGCGCAUCAGCGCGCCGCCCGCUCUGCCCCAGAAGAAGCGGCGCAGCACGCAGACGCCGCCCUUCCCCGACGGCGGCUGCAAGGUGUACGAGCGCUACCCCUCCCAGUACGACAACCUGUCGGAGGAGGAGCCGCCGCCCUUCCCGCUUUUCACGCCCAUCUCGCCCAUGCCGCAGACCAACGGCGGCGUCUUUGUGGCCCAGUACAUUUGCGGCGACAACGCCGACAUGGGCGCUAGCCCGCCGCCGCUGCCGGAAAAGAAAAGCAAACACAUCCUGCAGUACAUGCAGUUCGUGGAGGACUACUCUGAGCCGCAGCCGUCGGUCUUCUACCAGAUGCCGCAGAGCGAGAGCAUCUACGAGCAGCGCAACAAGCGCUUCCAGGAGGUCUACGGCUUCAACGACUCUUUCAGCAGCACCGACUCGGUCCACGAGCCGCUCCUGCCGCCCGCCCUGCCGCCCAAGCAACGACAACUGGCCUCGCACUCCUCCUCCCCCUCUUCCUCCUCCUCUUCCUCGCUCUCCUGCCACCUCCAGCCGUCCGCGGCGGCCUCGGAGGAGGCGGGCUCUGCGCUGGGCCUCAGCAUGUCCGUCUCUAACUGCCACCUGAUUGGCCAAGCUGCCGUGACCACGCCCACGAGCGUGGACCAGGCCGCCUUGACCAGCGCCAUCGUUCCCGACGGCAGGGGGGGAGGACCCGGGCCCGCGGGCUCCCCGUCCGCCUCGGCGACGGCGGCCCGGCCUCCCUCCGAGUCGUUCCUCGGUGACUCGCUCCAGGCGAGCGAGAGCGCAAAUGACGAGGGCGGGGAGGGCGAGUACGUCAACUUGUACUCGUCCAGCCGGGCCAAUGGCGAGCCGCCUCGCUCCCUCAGAGAAACGGUCACGGCCGACGGCGUCGUGCUCCAAGACCCCGCCCCUCCGACGCCUUCCGCCAAUGGCAAAGAGGCGGUGAAACUGGAAAGGAGGCAGGAGUCAGCAGAGGAGAGCGAGGAGAACGUGGACGAGCUGUCGCUCAUCGAUCACAAGGAGAUCAUGAGCAGGAUAACACUAAAACAGGAAAAAGACGACGGGCCGGAUGUGCGCGCUGGAUCGGGAGACAUUUUAUUAGUCCACGCCACAGAGACGGACCGCAAAGAUCUGGUUUUGUACUGUGAAGCCUUUUUGACUACAUAUAGGACGUUUAUAAGCCCCGAGGACCUCAUUAAGAAGCUCCACUACAGAUAUACGAGUUUUUGCCACAGUCCAGACACGUUCAAGAAGCGAGUCAGCAAGAACACCUUCUUUGUGUUGGUGCGCGUGGUGGACGAGCUCUGCCUGGUGGAGCUGACGGAGGACAUCCUCAAGCAGCUGAUGGACCUGGUCUUCACGCUGGUCUGCAACGGAGAGCUCAGCCUGGCCCGCGUCCUGCGCAAGAACAUCCUGGACAAGGUGGAGCAGAAGAAGCUGCUGCGCUACACCAACUCGCUCAAGCCGCUGGCCGCCCGGGGCGUCUCGGCCAGGCCCGGAACGCUGCACGAUUUCCGCAGUCACGAGAUCGCGGACCAGCUCACGCUUCUCGACGCCGAGCUCUUCUACAAAAUUGAGAUUCCCGAGGUGUUGCUUUGGGCCAAAGAGCAAAACGAAGAGAAGAGUCCCAACUUGACGCAGUUCACAGAGCACUUUAACAACAUGAGCUACUGGGUGCGCUCAUUAAUCAUUCAGCAAGAAAAAGCCCAGGAUCGAGAGAAGCUGCUGCUCAAGUUCAUCAAGAUCAUGAAGCACUUAAGAAAGUUGAACAACUUCAACUCGUACCUGGCCAUCCUCUCCGCCCUGGACUCCGCCCCCAUCCGAAGAUUGGAGUGGCAGAAGCAGACGUCGGAGGGAUUGGAGGAAUAUUGCACGUUGAUUGACAGCUCGUCGUCCUUCCGGGCGUACCGGGCCGCUCUGGCUGAAGUGGAGCCUCCCUGCAUCCCGUACUUGGGUCUGAUCUUACAGGACCUGACCUUCGUCCACCUGGGCAACCCAGACCUCAUCGACGGCAAAGUCAACUUCUCCAAGCGAUGGCAGCAAUUCAACAUCUUGGACAGCAUGCGCCGCUUCCAGCAAGUGCACUACGAGCUGAAACGCAACGACGACAUCGUCUCCUUCUUCAACGACUUCAGCGACCACCUGGCCGAAGAGGCGCUGUGGGAGCUGUCGUUGAAGAUCAAGCCGCGGAACAUCGCCCGGCGCAAGACGGAGCGGGACGAGAAGACUUAAGCGCGGCCGCGGCCUCCCACCCCCCAGCACCGCAAAAAAUCAAAAGACUUGACCUCCAACUGUGCUUCAAUGACACUAACCCCACUUUAAUAGACCCGCCAAAUGGACGCUUUGAAUUUUGGCGGGAGCUAACGGGAGAUUCGUUGC